UGAUCAUGUGGUUUUGAAUAGUGUACCCACUUUAUAGAAAAGAUGAAACCAUGGGUUAAAUCCCUCGUACUUUUACCAGUCUUCCUUGGCUACAUUUUCAUCGGGUCCUCUUUCUUCCUUAAGAUUGAGGGGCCACACCAAGUGACCGUGAGGGAUGAAUACUUCGACUUUCUGCGGCUGUUCGUUCAGAAUAACUCGGCUUGCGGGAUGUCUGUAGAUGACCUUAAAGCUAUACUUACUCACGUCAACGUGGCGAAAGCUGAGGGGCUGCUGCACCCCGAGACCAUUUUAAAUGAAGGGGUGUCCAACGUCUGGACCAUGCCGAAUUCCAUUGUGUUUGCUUCCACGAUUGUCACGACCAUUGGAUAUGGCCGGUUGGUUCCUAGAACAGUUGGUGGACAAGUCUUCUGCAUCAUUUACGCUAUAUUUGGAAUCCCCAUGUGUUACUUCAUGCUAUCCGUAGUCGGCGAUACCUUCCAGAGUCUCUGGCACCACUCUAAACGACUCUUCGAUAAAUCCCUCAUCUGCAUCCAAGCCAAGAAAUCACGUCUGGUGAUAGGUGGUCUGGUAACCUGUAUCGUUAUAUGGACGGUUACUAUUGCUCUGCCGUCUCUGGUGUUCGUGGCAACCGAACACUGGAACUUCGGUCAUGCCCUGUAUUUCAGUUUCAUCUCAAUGAGCACCAUCGGCUUCGGAGAUUUCACCUUUGGGAUCGAACAGAGUAAACCACUGACGACACAGCAAGACUGGAUCUACAAGCUGGGUAUACUGCUGUAUUUCUUGAUCGGUCUUAGUGUGAUAUCAAUUGUUUACAGAGGAGUAUGGCGGGCUCAACGGGCGCGAUUGAAGCGGGCUGGUGCGACAACCCGUCGGUUCUUGCAGAGGGGCGGACGGUAUGGAAGCUACUCCCUCGGUGCACAUCCCGAGGUGUCCUCUUCGGUGGGUAGCGGUGUCCAGCUCAAAACAAGCAACGACUUGGCUGUGAUUCAUGAGAACUCGGAAGAAGAGGAUCAUAUGAACGCCGCAAUGGCCAUGGAUGCAAUGGAGACGAACCGACGUCGCUCCUCUGUCUUCACAAUGUCUUACACACAAGUCAUGGGUUUAAACCUGGCUAACUAUGACUCGGGCCAUUGGUCGAACAAUGACUCGCUCAUAGAGGAAGAGACCAAUGCAACUGUAAGCGAGCAUGAAUUCUAAAUCAGGAAAAAAAAACUAAACUUGAACUGGAAAUUUCACUGUAAUUGAAGGGUGCCGUGGCAUGGCCGGUGGGUUUUUUUUUAGAGCGUCGAGUUCUGAUGGUUAAUUCAUGGGAGUGUGGGUUCGAAUCCCGGCCAUGACACCUGUGUCAUUGAGCAAGAUCUUUUACAGUUAGAAUAACUGCUGCUCUUUACCCAUGGGCUUAAAUGGGUACCUGCGAGGGUAGAGGUUAAUAUUGUGAAGGAAAAAGCCUUGGAAUUGGAGCGCCAUGGCAGCUCAGGGCUGUAUACUCCCAAGCAGGGAGCUGAGAAACAACUAAAGGAAUGUUAUUGGCCCAGUGAGAAGGGCAGUAGAGGUAAAGUCCAUUCAGACUUUAUUGUUAAAGUUGCUAAUAUUAGAACAAGUGAUUAUUAUUAUGCCAUAAAAGCUGACUGAAGCUGUUGGUUUUUCAAUGUCAUUAUGUUAAUCUUAAGAACUGAGAAGUCUCCCGAACAACCGAUACAUCUAUACUCCGCGAUACUAAAAUAAAGCAAGACAGUUCUCUAAGACCAAACUCUACCUGACAAGUAGAUACACACAUGGUGUUACCGCAAAC